UUUCAGCAGAAUAUGCGUUGAAUUCACAGCUCAAGAUUUUUACCCCUGUGGGAAUAAAUAAUGCGUUAUUUCUGUGCUGUUGCUGUAAUGUGUUUGAAUAGCAGCGCCUACAAACAUAGCAAACAUCCGCGUCCCAUAGACAAGCGCACGGAAACACUGGUCAGCCAUUGGUCAACGUGCUAAUUAUUCAGAUAGUUCUUCCCUGAUUGGCCUAUCUUCAACGUGUUACACAAGCUGUUUCGUAAAUUUUUAAAAUUGUGUAACGUUGAGGAACUUUGCCGAAUGAUAUAAUAAAGGCACCGGGUCCUUUCACAUCGCUGCAGCGAAGUCAGUUCUCUUCCAUUUCUACACACUGACGGGGCCGUCAGCAGGAGACUCGUGCAUCAUCCACAUCUUGAAUUGAAACGUGUAGGCCACACCCCUGCUCCGUGUCCCGUCAGGCUGCAGUGAUGUGGGGUUCAGAACUGCUGCUGCUCCUCCUGUUGGUCGGGCUCUGGCAUCAGUCUCACACCCAGAGCCCUGAGCCCAUGCUACAGGUCGUAACGCAGACGAUGCUUCCCCCUGACAGUCUGCACAAUCCAACCCAGCUCAACUAUGGGAUGGCUGUAACGGACGUGGACGGUGACGGCGACCUGGAAGUGGUGGUGGCAGGGUACAAUGGGCCCAACCUGGUGCUGAAGUACGAUCGCACACAAAACAGGCUGGUAAACAUUGCUGUUGAUGACAGUAACUCUCCAUACUACGCCCUGAGGGACCGAGUGGGUAACGCUAUUGGAGUUACUGCCUGCGAUGUGGAUGGAGACGGACGUGAGGAGAUCUACUUCCUCAACACAAACAAUGCCUACUCUGGGCGGGCAACUUAUUCAGACAAGCUCUUCAAGUUUCGUAAUGGCCGCUUUGAGGAUCUUCUGAGUGACGAGCUGAAUGUGCGUCGUGGCGUCGCUAAUCGCAUGGCAGGACGUUCUGUGGCAUGUGUCGACAGAAAGGGAACAGGCCGUUACUCAGUCUACGUUGCCAACUACGCCAGUGGCAACAUUGGCCCCCACGCUCUCCUAGAAAUGGACGAGGCCGCCAGUGAUGUGAGCAAGGGCAUCAUCGCUCUGUCCGACGUGGCUGCUGAGGCCGGAGUCAACAAGUUCACAGGAGGUCGCGGUGUGGUGGUUGGACCGAUCCUGAGCCAGGCCAGGUCUGACGUUUUCUGUGACAACGAGAAUGGACCCAACUUCUUGUUUAAGAACAAUGGGGACGGGACUUUUGUUGACAUGGCCAGACAGGCAGGUGUGGAGGACCGGCAGCAGCAUGGCAGAGGGGUAGCACUAGCUGACUUCAAUGGCGAUGGAAAGACAGACAUUGUCUACGGCAACUGGAACGGCCCACACCGACUUUUCCUGCAGGGCAGCGACUCUAAAUUUCGGAACAUAGCAACUGGAGGAUUUGUCACCCCCUCCCCUAUUCGCACAGUCAUUGCUGCUGACUUUGAUAAUGACAGGGAGCUGGAGGUGUUUUUCAACAAUAUUGCAUACAGAGGAAACGCCCCAAACAGGCUGUUCAGGGUGUCAAGGAGAGCUGAUGCGGACCCAUUGAUCCAGGAGCUUAAUGUGGGAGAUGCUGCAGAGCCACAGGGGAGAGGAACAGGUGGCACUGUGACAGACUUGGAUGGGGACGGACAGCUGGACCUGCUGCUGGCGCAUGGAGAGAGCGCCCCGCAGCCAAUCUCCGUCUUCAAGGCCUCACAGGGUUCAUCCAAUAACUGGCUGCGGGUCAUCCCUCGCACCCAGUUUGGCUCUUUCGCCCGUGGUGCCAAGGUAACAGCCUUCACCAAUCAGAGUGGAGCUCUCACACGCAUCAUUGACGGAGGCUCGGGGUACCUGUGUGAGAUGGAGCCUGUCGCCCACUUUGGUUUAGGAGAUGAUGAGGUGACGGUACUGGAGGUCUACUGGCCAGAUGGCAGCUCCACCACUCGGACCCUUCAGCCUGGUGAAAUGAACUCUGUGCUGGAAGUAGCCUAUCCCGGGGAAGGAGAAAUAUCUGCGCUUGCCAAUGACACGCAGUGUGGUAAAGGCUUUACUGUCAAGAAUGGCCACUGUGCAGCCUUGGCUCCAUUUCAGAGUGGCGCCCGAUCCACUUCUGUCUCCACGUUUGAAGCCUCCUGUUUAAAGACAGUUUUACUACAAUGUGUCUUGGUGCUGUCUGCUGCUGCUCUGGCAGAUCUCAGGGGUUGGUAGCCUUCAGGGUAACAAUGACAGAGAAAGAAAGCCGUUAUUCAGCACUGCUUGCCUAGACCAAACAUCUGCUAAAAGACUUGACUUCCUGUGCCAUGCAGUGGCAGUGUGUCCAUCUGGAUACACUAUUUGAUCAUAUCCUAGUAUCUGGACAUUCUGCAGUCGGGAGAUUUCUCUUUUGUUCUUGUGUACUGGGUGCAUGCGUUGGAUCCUGCACACUGUAAGUGAGGACUGAAAAACUGGGAUCAGUAUCAUGCCCUUUGCCCAGCUAAAAGUCCCGCAGUGUCUUAUAACCAGCCGAGCAUGCCUGGAAUUUGCCUGACCAAAACUUGUCAUAAAGUUGAAUUAAUAAGAUUUUCUGAUGUUUUCAGUGCGUGCAGUGGAUUUAAAUUGUUACCUCAUUACCUGUUAAAUUAUUAUGUACUAUAAGCUUUUCUCACAGCGGGUCUGUGUUACUAAUAACAAAAGCGAGUGCACUGUUGACACUGUGACAGUCAGCCGGCACAUACAAUACCAGGAUCCUCAAACUGAAGCAGCUAAACACAAUCAGUCAUCAACCAUCAUUCUUUUUAUUAUUUACACCUGUGCUUUUCCUAAUGGGACAUGUCAUAAAUAUCUUGUAUGAUAAAAGCCUAUACUGCAUAAAAAUAAAUAUCCUUUUACCU